AUGCCGAAGCCAGUGGCCUUGUUCUUCUACCCGCGUGGUGUGACAUCGGGGUGCGGCUUUGAGUUGGCCUUCAAAGUCAACUUCACGUUUUCUGUGAUGCUCCAGUCUGGUACUGCCGGGUCGAACGGCUUUGCAUUUGUGAUUGCAGCAAAGCCCAAGGUGGGGAAGGCUGGAGGUGUGGGGUAUCGUGGAGUGGGACCUCGGAGCCUGGCCAUUGUCUUCAACACACCUCAGGAUGAUGCGGGCGAGCAGCACGUGGGGCUGAGCAUCAACGGCACAGAGGAACCCUUGGUCACGGAGGUGUCACCGUUCGCUUUCACCGAUGGCAAUGCAUACACUGUGUGGGUGGAUUAUGAGCCUGGAAAUCCCAGCACCAUUCAAGUGUUCCUGGCAAACUCAAACGUGAAACCGGAGGAGCCGGUGGUGCAGGGGAGGGUGUCGCUGUGUGGGGUGCUGCAGCCUGGAGUGAAGCAGCAAGCGUUCUUCUUUGGCUUCGUGGCGUCCACCACUGUGAAGCCCUUCCUGAUGCAACCAGUCGAGGUCAAAGAGCAAGCCCUUGGCCUCUCACUGUCACAGGCUACAUUUGCACCAUCUCGAGCCAGCCCAUUUUCGCGCUAUGUGAGUGCGGACUUCAAGCUGUCGGCCACCAGAGCGGACUCGUGGAGCAUUCGUGACUUCCACACGUGGGACUCCGUGCCCUUCCUCAACUGGCCUGUCAAGAACCAAGCAACCUGCAAUGCGUGCUGGGCGUAUGCGGUGGUGGCGAGUGUGGAGGCGGCAUACGGCAUUGCAAAGCACCAGAGCGCUCCCCGGUUGGCAGUGGAGGGUCUCUUCGCCCUCAUGGGGCUCUCCGACUCCGACAAGUGCUCCGCUGGCGGCUCUCCCACCCACGCCUUUGAGACGCUCGUGGCUCUCGAUACCUCCAGUGGGCUCACAGGGGAUAGUGACCUGGUAACAACGUACCCGGUGCAGGCAUUUGAGCGAGCGCAGUUCAAGGGGUAUGUGGGUCUCAUGCUGGCAGUGCAGCGGCAGCCAGUGGUGGUUCACAUCGAGGUGUCUCCGACCUUCAUGAAGUAUGAUGGGACGUAUAAAUUCCAGGAUCCUGGUUGCUACACGGGCAAUCUCAACCAUGUUGUACUCGUUAUUGGCUACUUCAUCACAAGAAAUGAUGGCAGCCAGAACCGUGUUGCUCCUCCGUUUUGGAUCAUCCGCAACUCGUGGGGAGAGGAUUGGGGAGACGGGGGCCACAUGCGCAUGGACAUUCAGGGAGGGGAUGGCGUGUGUGGAAUCAACGUGCUGCCUGGCAUCUACCCAAUUGUGAAGAUUCCAGGGGACCCCUGUGGAGAAAGCAGCUACAAGGGCGAUGGGGACUUGCAGCCCAGCAUGAACCCGUGCGGCAGGUUCCAGUGCCAGGGGAAGACAGCAAGUAGCAAUAAUUGCUCCUGCAAUAUUCCUACCGCUACUGUGCAGCCUUUUGUAGAGAUUGCAAAUGGAAUUGGCUCCACAUGUGCUUAUGUGGACGUGUGUGGGUCAUACUUCAAGAACCCCUGCUAUGUGGGAGCAUGCAUCAAUGAUGGCAAGGGUUCCUACUCUUGCAUAUGCCCUCCCAACCACAUUAAAAGCACAACAGUGGAUGAUUUCCCGACCUGCGAUCCAACUAAUACCACGGCGACCACAAUGACAGUUAGUGGAGACAACUGGAGGUGCUCGGAUGUUCAUCUGCUUAUUGGCCUCUCAAUGAUUGACUUCAUUGACCAGAAUAUAGGCAUCGACUGCAGCCAGCCAUUGCCCAAGGGCAGUGUCCUUCAGCUGGAUGGUACUCCCGCCACACCCUGCACUGCCUUCUUCUACUCCCUCAACGGGGACACCUGUGCAUCCAUCAGCACACCGCUCAACUUCAAAAUGGAGAAUCUCAUUGCGCUCAACCCCGGCCUUGACUGCUCCAAGCCCAUCAAGGCGGGCCUUUCUGUGUGCCUCGAGCGCAGUGCUGCCUUCGCCUUCACCGUGCCCGCGUGUGUGAGAUAUGGCACGCUCGCACCUCAAGACACAUGUGACCAGCUGCUUAAGAGGAACCGCAUUUCACAAGGGGGUGUCACUGUGGAUGCAUGGGCUGCGCUGUACCGCAACAAUCCCGGCCUCACUUGCUCCGCCACCAUCCCUUCCUCUGCCUCCGCUAUCGGCAGCAACAUUGGUGUGCAGGUGAGGAUUGUGAGGGCUGGGGGAGGUUGA